AAGACUGUAUCAGUGGUAGAGGAGUUCUCUGCACAAAGAUGGCGAAUUCUAAUGCCAAUACAGCCAGAGAACAUGAUGUAAACGACGUUGAUUGGGCAGAAGGCAACUCUGGUUUCGACCCACAAGUUGUCAACAAAAUGCUAUCCGAUGAACUCAAUCAACUAUCCAUAGGUCGUCGUCAACAAGUUUUGGAAGAAAUCCAUGGCGUACAGCCUGGUGGGAGAUCUCCAAUGCACUUCGGCAAGAACACUAUCAACCAACAAUUACAACGGCAACAAGAAGAUAUUGCAUUGAAAAAAUUCCGAGAAGAACUCGAGAAUUGUUUUCUCUCUGACAACAAAUAUCCUGCGUAUAGAUACGCAAAGGAGCACGGAAGCGAACUUAUCCGAGAUCGCGACUUUGAGCUGUCAUUCUUCGGAUACGGUCAGGGAGGGAAUUGUCCAAAAAGGGCCGCCGCCCGGAUGGUCAAUUAUCUUGAAAUGGCUCGUGAAACAUUUGGCACAGACGAUGUUUUGUUUCGUCCAAUUUGUCUUUCUGAUUUCGACGAAGACCUAGGUGCAAGGGAGUUUAUGUACAAUGAGGGGCCCUUGCAGAUCCUUCCGGUCCGAGAUCCUUCGGGGAGAAGAGUUUUCGUACAUUUGCGAGAUUUUGGGCCAUCGAGUUGCCAUGUGAAAAUAAGGGUGAGACUAUAAUUCAUUUGAAAUCGAUUCUCUCUAUUUCUUGUCUGGAUUGACCUGCUACAUGUUCAUACUCAUCCUUGAAUCACGUGUUGUUUUUUCCAACUGAAAUGAAUUGCAGCAACAAGUAGGUAUGUAUUUCGUGCAAAGUAUAUCGGAAGAGCGAGAUGGAGCAGUCUGUGUGUUAUUUCUGCAUCACGCUUGCGACAAUGUAUAUAACCGUGACGAAUUUCAGACUGUAAAUAAAAUGAUGAAGAUAAUUCCACCCAAGUUCAGUGCGUUUCAUCUUUGUUGUCCAGUGGGUCCAAUGUACGACGUUGUAAAAGCCGCUGUCACACUACUCAUCGGGAAGGAGAACAGACAUAGACUUCGGAUUCAUGUAGGUUCAUUCCAAGAAUGCAAGUACAGUUUGCGGCCCUUUGGAAUUCCCGUUGAUCGUCUUCCUGCGUAUUUAAGUUUUAGUGGGGGAUCUUCGCAGAGACAGCAAUACCAAAAUAUAAAGAAUCACCUAAGGUGGUUGCAAAUCCGCGCAGCAAAGGACACCGCCAUGUUUGCAGCCAUUGGGAGGGAUAGCAACGGCGAAAUAAUUGAUGGCGGGCAUCAAGAGAAUAAGGACAUUGGAGAAUCAUACGCUGGUGUCAUGGCAGCAGUGCGAGAAAAUCUAUCGAAAUUUGUUGAAUGUCCUCGGCACGAAGACUGCCUAUUCGGCAAAGGCCGCCCAGCGAUGAACCAUCCCGGCAACAUUGCAAUGAGACGGUUGGUGAAAAACAAGCUUUCUCAAUUCAUUUCAAACAAUGCCAAGGAAAAAUCCGAAAUUGUCCAGGAAUGUAUCGACGAAAUAAAAGAGUGGAAUGGGCGCUUCCUGAAAGAAGACAGUGACCAUGCCGGUGUUUUCGUGAUUGCAGAUAACGAAACGGUAUUCAAGAAAAUUGCCAGUGCAUUUCGAGAUUUGAAAAAGAAACAAUUGCGUGAGCAACAGCGGGAGAAAGAGUCUGUGAGAGACGAUCCGGGAAACGAAUCAACAGGAGAGGAGGUUGGGAGACCGUCGCAAUCAAGAGUCAAAGGAACCAAACGGCCGGCUGAUCAAGAAUUUCAAUCGUCGGAGAAUGGAGCUUCGUCCAUAUCUAAUGGAAACCGGGGAGUUAAUAGUGCGAUGGCUAUGAAGACUUACACAGCGACCAACGAUGCAUCGCUAAUGACGAAUGCUGAAACCGACGAYAAUGGAUCUUGUUUCUCCCACUUGGCACAAAGAAAGAAGACAAGGAAUCGAUGCUUCUAUGACUAAACGAACCUUAUGCUUCUUGUAUAUGGAUGCUUCUUUUUGUGCUCCGCGAGAUAUUCAUCGAGUCAACAAGCCUCUGAUUUGAAAAGAUGCUGGAUAGCUUGGAAUAUGAUUUAAAAUAAAAAUGAAACACAGCCAGUUUCUUGGCCGAAGAAGAUGAUCGGGAAGAUGAAACAGGUGUCGUCGAUAAUGAUAUUGCCCCUUCGCAACUGUCAUAACUUGACAGAGACAAGGUAUACGUCUGUCUAUCUCGCAUCCAGAGUCCCAGCGAUUUUUUCGACAACGAUCUCAUGCACCAUAGAGAACUUCCUACGGAGCUUUCGAUGAGCCUUUUGAUCCAUGGCUCCCAGCUGGCUUUGUGUCAUAAGCUAUUGCAAAGCAACACCAUGGUCGGAUAGAACAACAAUGUUCCAUUCCAUUCCAAGCAACGGUUCCCGAAGCGGCGUCAAGCCGGAUAAGGAAAAAGAUGUGCUUCCGUAGCAAUUGCGGCUGUAUCCAAAUCUUUUACGGAGUCGAUGGUUUCGCAUUGUUGCAAAACGACAGCUUCAUUGCCGGUGCUGCUUGCUGACAUAUCAUCAGAAGCUGACACGUGCAAACAGAGCAGCAGAAACUUUUCAUCGCCUGUUUAAGACAUUAAAAUGGCACACCACUAGUAGUUCUAGGAGAAGAACACGACGAACAAGAAGCACCUUGUUCUUGUUCUUGUCAAUGUAUGGAAUCUGCCUCAUACAAUGGUAUGACCCACUGAGGGACAUCAUCAUUGUAAUCUUACACAGUAAUUGGGGUGGGGAGGGAUUGCAGCUUUUUCAUCUUUUCUAGUCAGGGUUAGAGUGCUAGUAGUACAUAUUGACUUCUAGCUCUACUAGUAAUACUACUAUUCUCGGUGGCAUGGUUCCAAUGAAUCCCGUUCAACGUA